ACACAGAGAAUCAGGAAACUGAGAUCAUCACAAACCUGUUACUCAGUUGAAUAAGAACAGUCGAUCAUUUGAUGAUAAUGUUGAAAAUGAAAUGAAAUGUUUUUAAUGCACAGAUUCUGAAGUCCUUGCUGUGGAUGUGAAGAUAUUUUUAUUCAUAACUGAACACUCAGAGUUUAAACUGGAUUAUUACUUCACUAAACUGAAAGUGAAACUGAAGAAGGAUUGUGACAUUUCACUCAGAGAGAAUGGCGUCUAAAAGUUUUUCUGAGGAGGAUUUAUCUUGUCCUGUGUGCUGUGAGAUUUUUAAAGAUCCUGUUUUGUUGUCCUGUAGUCACAGUUUCUGUAAAGACUGUAUUCACAGAUUCUGGGAAAGUAAAGGAGCUCAAGAAUGUCCAGUUUGUAGAAGAAGAUCUUCAAAAAAUAAUCCUCCAGUGAAUCUGGUUUUGAAGAAUCUGUGUUUGAGUUUCUUACAGGAGAGAAGUGAGAGAUCUUCAUCAGUCUGUCAUCUUCACAAUGAGAAACUCAAACUCUUCUGUCUGGAUGAUCAACAGCCCGUGUGUGUCGUGUGUCGAGACUCCAGAACACACAACAACCACAAAUUCUGUCCUGUUGAUGAAGCUGUCGACGAAAAUAAGGAGAAACUCAGAAGUGCAUUAAAACCCUUACAGGAGAAACUGAGAAUAUUUGAGAAGUUGAAACAGAAUUGUGAUAAAACAGCAGAACAUAUAAAGAUUCAGAGUCGCCGCACAGAGACGCAGAUUCAUAAAGAGUUUGAGGAACUUCACCAUCUUCUACAUGAUGAAGAAUCAGCCAGAAUAAGAGCACUGAGAGAGGAAGAGGAGCAGAAGAGUCAGAUGAUGAAGGAGAAGAUUGAGAAGAUCAACAGAGACAUUUCAUCUCUUUCACACACAAUCAGAGGUGUAGAGGAGCAGAUGACAGCUGAAGAUGUUUCAUUCCUACAGAACUUGAAGAGCACACUGAAGAGAGUUCAGUGUGGAGCGUCAGAUCCAGAGAACAUCUCAGGAAUGAUGAUCAAUGUAGCAAAACAUCUCAGCAACCUGAAGUUUACUGUCAUACACAAGAUGAAGGACAAUGUUCAAUACAAGAUGCCAAUCAACCUACCAUGCAUGUCUUUGGACCAGGGGAGGAAACCGGAGUACCCGGAGGAAACCCCCGAGGCACGGGGAGAACAUGCAAACUCCACACACACAAGUCGGAAGCGGGAAUCGAACCCCCAACCCUGGAGGUGUGAGGCGAACGUGCUAACCACUAAGCCACCGUGCCCCCCGCAGGCCAAUUGUAUGAAACCAACCUUUUCAUCUGUGAGUUUGCAUCGGAGAAGCAGGUGCAGUCUCCACGAAAAGAGCGUGUCAUGACGGAUCUUAAAACUGCCAGUCAGUGAUGCUUGGAAAAUUAAAGGGGAUCUUCUUGGCUCAGUUCAGCUUCCACUUAUAAUGUGCAUGGAGGAUGAUGAAGCUGCAGAGGCCUUGGAACAGUUCUUCACUACAGAUGUCAUAGAACAUGAUAGUGUAGAGCCUCUGAUGGUUGUUUUUACUUUUAUGCAGGACAUGCAUACAUUUUAAGUGAAUGUGGUGGACAAAAUGCACCUUAGAGUCUUUUGUCGAGUACAAAAUUGAACAAGGUUGUCCAUUUUUAGUUUUGGGUUAUGAUUUUAUGUUAAAUUUUUUCACAAUGCCAUAUAUGACCCGUCCUGCUCUUUAUAUAUAUAUAUUAGUGGUGGGCAUAGAUUUUUUUUUUUAAUCUAGAUUAAUCUUGGAAUUAAUCUAGGAAUUAAUCUAGAUUAAUCUAGAUUAAAAUGGCUAAUUUGAAUUCUGCCGAAGGCAUUCAGAAUAUGUGUGCUACCCAAAUAAUGACUAAAAGUAAGUCUUUGAGAACGGGUUUCCCAAGCCAGGUGGCGCAUUAGACCAGGGGCUCAUCUCCUGUUUCCAAAAUGCAUCACAAACUGAUUGAGAAAGCUGUUCUACUAUGAUAAUUGGUGAUGAAAAUUAAAUUAUGUUCAAUAAAAUGAACUUGUGUUUACUUCCGCAUUAGCUAAGGGAUGCUUUGCGUUUAGGUGGUACUUGAGACUGGAAGAGCUCCUACAGUACAUUUACAUUUAGUCAUUUAGCAGACGCUUUUAUCCAAAGCAAUUUACAAAGAGUGAGGGAGCAACAAGUGAUAUGUCAUACAUGAGCCAUAAUACAUUAGGUGACAAUACAAAUUUCCUGGUUUCAACUAAAGCUAGACCACUACCUGUUGAGAGAAUGUUUGUUUUUUAAACCAAUUCCGCAUUGAACAAGGUGCAAACAACCUUAGUCUUGUCGAUGUUUCCAUUGGGAAGCUUCUAAAAAAAAAAUCCCUUAAGCAAACCCGGCGGCUUCAAAGCUGCAUCCAUGUUAGCACGUCACGUGUGAUGUGGUCAUUUCACAGUAACGUUAUGUUGUGUUCAGACCAAACGCGAAUGGGGCGUCACGCGCGAGUGAUUUACAUGUUAAGUCAAUGCAAAGACGCGAUAGACCUACUUGCAACGCGAAUCGCGCGAAUGAAGCCCUGGUUAUGAGAAUAUGAGGCGGCGCGAAUGCGCGAAUUGCGCGAAUCACGCGAGUUGAAAAUUCUCGUUCUCGCCCGGAACAGUGCAGUUAAGCUGGUAUACUAUAUAUCCGCGCUAAAAUAUCAAGGUGAAAGUCAUCAUAGCUUGUGUAGUAUAGACCCAGCUCCCAACCCAACUUUGAGAAUAGAUUAACGGCGACAUUUUUUUUUAUCGCGCGAUAAGAGUCUCACGUUAACGCAGCACGUUAACGCCUAAACGGCCCACCACUAAUAUAUAUGUAUAUAGUAUGUCUAUAUAAUAAAACUUUAUCAUUAAACCAUUGAUUAACAAGCACCUGUUUAUUGUAGAAUGAGACA